CCAGUGAGACCUCUCCCCCCUUCAAAAAAUCAAACAGCGAAGAUCGGAAAGCAAACAUCAGAUCAAAAAUAAAAAUCAACCAAAAAAAAUGAGCAGCAUUGGAACCGGUUACGAUCUCUCGGUCACGACCUUUUCUCCUGAUGGCAGAGUCUUCCAGAUCGAGUACGCAUCCAAAGCUGUUGACAACAGCGGGACUGUUGUUGGGAUCAAAUGCAAGGAUGGGAUUGUUUUGGGAGUGGAGAAGCUGAUCACGUCGAAGAUGAUGAUGGCUGGAUCGAAUCGGAGAAUCCACUCCGUUCAUCACAACUCUGGAAUGGCUGUGGCUGGUUUGGCAGCUGAUGGCAGGCAAAUCGUUGCACGAGCAAAAUCUGAAGCCACCAAUUACAAUAGAACAUAUGGUGAGCCUAUGCCUGUGAAAGAACUUGCAGAUCGUGUUGCUAGUUAUGUUCAUCUUUGCACUCUCUAUUGGUGGCUGAGACCUUUUGGUUGUGGUGUUAUUCUCGGAGGUUAUGAUAGAGAUGGACCACAGCUGUUCAUGGUUGAACCAUCAGGAGUAUCAUAUAGGUAUUUUGGUGCUGCGAUUGGGAAGGGUAGGCAAGCCGCCAAGACGGAAAUUGAGAAGUUGAAGCUAUCAGAAAUGACUUGCAGGCAAGGAGUUAUUGAAGUUGCUAAGAUAAUCUAUGGAGUCCAUGAUGAGGCAAAGGACAAAGCAUUUGAGCUGGAAAUGAGCUGGGUCUGCGAUGAGUCAAACCGCCAACAUCAAAAGGUACCAAAUGAUCUCUUGGAAGAAGCUAAAGCAGCUGCCAAAGCAGCACUAGAAGAAAUGGAUGCAGAUUAAGGACCUAAACUGCAACCUCAAUUUCCUUCGGUUGUUCGAACUUGGGAACCUUAUGACAACUUCAAUCCUAUUACUUGGAAUUUCAUUGCUUAAACUACAGGAGUAUCUGAUAUCUGAAGAACACUUUCUGGUUUAUGACAACAAGGACCAAUUCUUUCUUUUGUAGUGAACUCUGAAGAACACUAUGGCUUAUGAGAAUUGAGGACCCAAUUCUUUCUUCUGUACACUAGCAAAUGAAAAAUUUGUAGAUCUACAUCACUCCUUGGUUUCCAUGUUUUAGUUGUUGCAUCUUUGAUUAAACACUGUUCUACACAAUGUCCAGCUAUCCUGCAAUUAACCUAUCGGAUUGGAUGGUUAUGUUAAAUGCCCAGGAUUGAGAGUUGAGCA